GUCGUAGGCACCAAACGCACCAUUCCCGGUUGAGUGGGCGGGGCUUGAACGAUAAUCCAGGAUUGACCAUGAAGGAACCAACUAGAUGAAAGCUGAAGACGUUUAUUUUUUGUUUUGGUUGCAUUUUGCAUGUGCAGUGGGGAUUGAAUGGUCACUGAUUGCUGUCCUCGGUUGGGAUUGCAUCUUGGCCUGUCAGUGCUUCUUUUACAAUCAUGUUUAUUUCAUAAAGAUGGCAACGAGGGUCACCUUAUAAACUAAAUGACUGUCAGAAAUAUCGCCUCCAUUUGUAAUAUGGGCACCAAUGCCUCUGCUCUGGAGAAAGACAUUGGUCCAGAGCAGUUUCCCAUUAAUGAACACUAUUUUGGUUUGGUCAAUUUUGGAAACACGUGUUACUGUAACUCGGUGUUGCAGGCUCUGUAUUUCUGCCGGCCGUUUAGGGAGAAUGUGUUGGCAUAUAAAGUCCAGCAGAAGAAGAAGGAGAACCUUCUCACCUGUCUGGCCGACCUCUUCCACAGCAUCACCACACAGAAGAAAAAAGUUGGGGUGAUCCCUCCUAAGAAAUUCAUCUCGCGUCUGCGAAAGGAGAAUGACCUGUUUGAUAACUACAUGCAACAGGAUGCCCAUGAGUUCCUGAACUACCUGCUGAACACAGUGGCUGACAUCUUGCAAGAAGAGAAGAAACAGGAGAAACAAAAUGGUCGGCUAAAGAACAAUGGCACUGCCAUCCCCACUGAAACCGAGCCAGAAUCGAACAAAACUGACUCCACGUGGGUUCACGAUAUCUUCCAGGGCACGCUGACCAAUGAGACACGCUGUCUCAACUGUGAGACGGUCAGUAGCAAAGACGAAGACUUUUUGGAUUUGUCUGUAGAUGUUGAGCAGAACACUUCAAUAACACACUGUCUCAGGGACUUCAGUAAUACAGAGACCCUGUGCAGUGAGUAUAAAUACUACUGUGAGAUGUGCUGUAGCAAACAAGAGGCACAGAAACGCAUGUGUGUAAAAAAGCUACCUAUGAUAUUGGCUCUCCAUUUAAAACGUUUUAAGUACAUGGAGCAGCUGCAUCGCUACACUAAACUGAGCUAUCGGGUGGUGUUUCCGCUGGAGCUCCGCCUCUUCAACACCUCCGGGGACGCCAUCAAUCUCGACCGCAUGUACGACCUCGUCGCUGUGGUUGUGCACUGUGGCAGUGGACCAAACAGAGGGCAUUACAUCACCAUUGUCAAAAGUCACGGCUUCUGGUUGCUGUUUGAUGAUGACAUCGUAGAGAAAAUUGAUGCGCAGGCGAUAGAAGAGUUUUACGGGUUGACAUCUGACAUUUCCAAGAAUUCUGAGUCUGGAUACAUCCUGUUCUAUCAAUCCAGAGAGUGAAGGAACAAAGUGGGAAAUAGAUUUGUGGAGGAAAGAGAGCGGCAAACGGAAAGGUGCACAUGCCAUCCACUAAAUCCCUUUCUUCAUCUCAUACUCAGGGUCUCCAGUUUAGACUGGGUGCCAAAAGCCCUCUGGAACCCAUUUGCCAUACCUACUUUUCCUAGAAAUCCUAUUUUCCUGCAUUCUGGGUAAUAUACAUAUUUCAAUCUGACCCUCAAGUCAGUCACCUGCAUCUGGAAGGCACUUUAUAAACAAAAUCAAUAAUAAAUAACACUAAAUCACAACAUAUUAAACUACUACACUUGUCAAAACUUGAAGGAAUUAAAUGCUACAAAAGGAGCAAAAACAAGCUCCUAAGUCCUGGUACUCAAGAUAAUUCAAUUCCCAGGAAAGUGCCUCUCAUCCUGGGUGUACGAAACCAAGGAAGAGGGUUUCUCUCUCGAUCCCUGGCUUAGGGUCAGCAAUCAGAGACCCAGUUUAGGAUCACUUUAGAUGUUUUUGUACUGUGAUGCACAUCCGUCAGUUUUAAUUUAUUACGCUCAUACAUUAUUCAGUCCUGACAGCGUAAAGAGCUGAUGGGCAGUAUGCACUGUGUGAUUUAGGUAUGUUGUGGAUGGGGAUUUCGACUUGGACUUGUUACGUAUGUGAAUGUUUGUGAGUGCAUUUGUUAUGCGUAUUUCAGAAAUAAUAUAAAAAAAAUCCCAAGUUGUCACUGGGGCAGUACCCUUUAAAAAGGUCCUAAUAUGUACCAUUCAUGGUACCAAUUUGGUACCAAUAUGUACCUCCUUUAGUGUACAAAUAUGUACUUUUGAGGUGCUAGUAUGCACCCUUUGGUAGCGAUAUGUACCUCUGAGGUACUAACAUGAACUUUUUAGGUGCAAAAGUGUAUUAAGGGCAGUGACAGUAAGGAACCAUUUUUGACAGUUUGACUUUUUUUUACAGUGUAUGUGCAUUGGAUCGGUAAACUUGAAUUGCUGCUCUUUCAUACAGAAAUAGGCUGUGCAACC